AGUUUAUAGGCGAUAAUUUAUAUUUAAAAUUGCAAUAUUAAGUAAUGAAAUAUCUCGUUAAAUAUAGUGAAACGCUUCAAAUGAUUCUCAUCGCCGGUUUAGGCUCUGAUUCGAGUUUUAGAAUAUUGACCGCUUCGAUCGAUUAUCGGUCGGUCGGUCGGUUUUCAAAGGUAAUCGGAAGUGACGUCAUCAUAACUUUGGGGGCGAAAGGUCAUAUUUUGGACCGCUGUUCUUUGAACCUUUUCGUGCAUUUUGGAAUUCAAUGAUCUUGAGGACCCUCCGAUUAGAGUUUUACCCGUUUACGAUAUAAUGUUUGUACUUUUCUAGACGAGAUCGAACUAGAUCGGCCGAUAAUCGAUCUAUAUCGAUAUUCGAGGACGUUAAUAUUACUCAUCGAAGUCAAAGACGGAAAUGAGGGAAGUGACUUAGUUCGAGUGGGCGUUUCCGAAACAUUACUGAGAAAAUAGUUUACGUUGUUCGUAUUUAAGACAAGGUCAAUGAGUGGACGGAAUUAUUAAAUACAUACACAGCGUUCCCGACAAGUUUCGCGUGUCUCCACAUCGAAAAUCAGCGAACUAAAGCCAGAUUGGAGAAAAGUUUUUCUCACGUGACCAUCUCUAACCAAUAAUCUGUCGAGUUAGGGAUCCUCCACGUUCUUCAGGUAGUUGAUAGUCGCAGUGUUGCGAGUGGAUCCACCUUCUUUAGAUAAAAACCGAGAAAAGGAUCUAUAAAAAUAAAAUUUGGAAAAGUAUCGAAGUUGAUUGUGAUUAUUAUGUCUAAAGCAACAUACGAUCCGGAAAAACAAGAACCGAAAGAAAACGAUAAGUGUAUGGAGUCUCCAAGUAACGAAAGAGAAGAGAAUGGUGGGAACUGGAAGAGUCGCUUGACCGAAUUCGGUAAUAGAACUAAGACCUUUGCCUCGGAUAAUUUCAGAUUGGUUAUCAUAUUGUUAUGCAUUAUGCUCAUCAUCUUCUUCAUUAUCAUCAUAACUCUGGCAGUUCUGUUAGGGAAGUCUGGUUGUGAGAUUCCCGCCUACUGUAGUGACAGUCGGUGUCUGAGAGCGGCGGCAGAGGUUGUUUCCAAUAUGAAUGAUUCGGUGGAUCCCUGUUCCGAUUUUUUUACCUACUCUUGCAGAGAUUGGAUGGCUCGGUUUCCCUCGCCCGAGAUUGGUUCCCAUUCUCUGAUAGACAAUGUCCGGAGCGGCAUUUUCUUGGAUGUCAGGCACCUGAUCGAUCUGGUCGGUGACGAGCAGAACGACGAGGCUGCCGACAAGAAGGUCAAGCUCUUCUAUUCGGCUUGCAUGAAGGAGACAGAAAUCAAAUUCUGGUCUUUCCAGCUGUUGAUGCAAUCCAUAGGAGAAGUGGGAGGUUGGGACAUCAUCAAUUCUGCCAUGAAACCUUCCUGGGAUAGAACCAAAGUUUUGGCCAAGUUACAGGCCAGUUUUGGUGUUCAUGCCUUUUUGAAGAUAUCCGUUGGUGCCGACAAUAGAAAUCCUAGCAGGAAUAUUAUUAAACUACAUUCCAAUUUGACUGUUCUUGAUUUGAUGGAUGACAUUGGAGGAAUUAAAUUUGCCUUCUCGGCAUACCAAAAUAGUAAUGAUAAGAGUGGAUUACUUCCUGGUAUAAACAAGAAUCAUGAUCAACUUUUCUUUAUAUCCUAUGCACAGUCUCUAUGUCAGAUAUCACAGCCAGGAAGAAUAGUGACGUGGAAUAAUCAAUAUUCAUUACCAAAUAGAUUAAGUCAAAAACAAUACAAGAAAUUAUUAAUUUACAAUUUUGUUUUAAAAAUAGGUGCUGUUGAUAUUAAUUCUCCAUCUGAAGACAGGUGGGAGUUCUGUAUUGAUCAGACCAUUCAUUAUUUAGGUCACGCUGUAAGUGCUCUCUAUGUAAAAAAACGUUUUUCUUCAGAAAUAAAAUCAGAUGUUCAACAAAUGGUAGAAAAUAUUCGUUCCUCUAUCAUGAAAGAAGUAAAUUCAUUUCCCUGGUUAAACAGUGAAGAAAAGAAGAUUGCUCAAGAAAAAAUAAAUUUAUUAAAUGUUGAGAUUGGUCAUCCUGAAUUUAUACUAAAUAAUGAACAAUUAGAAACUUAUUAUGAAAGUUUUUCAAUAAAAAAUACCCACAUUUCAAAUAUAUUUCAAGGUGAAGUAUUUCUAAAAAGAAAAGAAGAAUUAUUAUUAAAACAACCAUUUUCUAUAGAUCAUAGUUGGGGUAUAUAUUCAGUAGAUGUAAGAUCAAGAUAUUCUUACAUUAAUAAUAAUAUUGGUAAGUAUUGCAAUUAGAUUUUGACUUUAAAUGAUUAAUUUAAAAAUAAUUGAAAAUAUGAGGCAUGUCUGGAAAGUAAAGUAAGUACCGUUUCGUUUUACCGCCACUGCAGCGGUAGUAUCACAGUUUAGCACCUGCAUACACGUGUCUCUGGUUGAUUGUCAGUCCAGUGACGCCAUUAGAGCCAGAUUGUGUUGUUUUUCCAUGUGUUAGUGAGCGUUCAAAAUGUUUAAGACGAUUGCCGAUUCCGCCGACUGUGAAGUGCGUUCUGUAAUACAGUUUUUGAAUGUUAAGCCAGUUGAAAUUCAUUGUCAACUUGUAGAGAUUUAUGGUGAAAAUGUAAUGAGUGAUGGAAGGUGAGAAAGUGGGUUUGACAAUUCAAUGCUGGAUGCACCAAUGUUCAUGACGAAGCACGGAGUGGCUGGCCUUCUGUUGUCAAUGAUGGUUUGGUUGCAAAAGUGAAUGAGAAAUAAAUUAAACUUCACUCUGACACCGGGGAUGAAAUACUAAAUACGGAAUCUGUUACCGGUGCAAUUUAUUGUAAAAAGCUUUUAACUCUCAUUAGGGCUAGAGCUAAACUACAAUUCCUAACGGAAUGCAAAAGGAACGGACUAUAUCCAAUGUCAUUCUUUCGCAUAUUUAAAUAUCUAUGUUCCAUUUUUUGAAGUGUUCCAUCGGAAUUUUUUCUCUCCCUGAAGAAGAGCUAUCUGGAAAGCUCGAAAACGUUUGUGAAAGGAAGAUUUUUUCACGCAAAAUUACACCGGUAACAGGUUCUGUAUUUAGUGAAUGAGAAAAUUCUUGAAAACAGACGGUACAAUAAGAUUGCUUUGUGAUGAGUUUCCACAAAUUUCAAAAACUGUUUUGCAUGAGAUUGUUGCAAAUCAAUGUUCAGCAGUGGCUGUCUUCACUGGCAGCAUCUUUCUUUGAAGAAGGUAUAGACAAUAUAUCCUAUACCUUCUUUGAAGGUAUAGGAUAUAUAUUGGUUUCCCGAUAUGACAAAUGUCUGAACAAUGGUGGUAACUAUGUAGAAAAAUAGUUUCAAACAUGCUAUUUCAUGUAAAAAUAAAUUUUGUUUUGAAAAAAGAUUUUUUAUGUGAGUUUUUCCAAAAUGGUACUUACUUUCCGGACACGCCUCAUAUAAGGUACCAUAAUUUAUAGUAAAAGUUGAAAUGAAGAACCACAUUUAUUAUUAAUAUUUCAACAC